GCGGCCACCCGGCCGUCUCUAAUUACCUCCUGUCCCCCGGCGGCCCGUGAAUAAUGGCUACUGAGGGCGCUUGCAGGGGCUGCUGAGAAGGAAACGCGGGUGCGAGAGGCGCGGAUUUCAUCUGGCCGUCGCGUUCUGGAAGAGGCCAGGGGGAGAGCGCGCGCGCAAGGAGGACGGGAGACGGCGGGGAAAGGGAGACAGCGAGACGCGCAGUGCCGGCGCCCCGGAGACCCAGGAGGAGCCCGCAGAUAACCAGCCCGAGUCAUGCAGUCUUUUAGAGAAAGGUGUGGUUUCCAUGGCAAACAACAGAACUACCCGCAGACCUCACAGGAAACAUCGCGCCUGGAGAAUUACAGGCAGCCGAGUCAGGCUGGGCUGAGCUGUGACCGGCAGCGGCUGCUUGCGAAGGACUAUUAUAAUCCGCAGCCUUACCCGGGCUAUGAGGGUGGCACCAGCACACCCGCGGGCACAGGAGCUGCAGUUGCCACCGAGAAGUACCACCGAGGGAGCAAGACCCUGCCCUCACAGCAGGCCCUGCAGGGGAGGCCAGCUUUCCCUGGCUAUGGUGGUGUCCAGGACAGCAACCCUUACCCAGGACGCUACUCUGGCGAGGAGGGCCUGCAGGCCUGGGGUGCCCCACAGCCACCACCUCCUCAGCCACAGCCCCUGCCAGGAAGUGUGGGCAAGUAUGAUGAGAAUUUGAUGAAAAAGACAGCAGUGCCCCCUGGCAGGCAGUACCCAGAGCAGGGCACCCAGCUUCCCUUCCGGACUCACUCCCUGCACGUCCAGCAGCCACCGCCACCGCCGCCUCAGCAGCUGCAGCAGCCCCAGCAGCCUCUGGCCUACCCCAAACUUCAAAGGCAGAAACUGCAGAAUGACAUUGCCUCACCUUUGCCUUUUCCCCAGGGUGGCCACUUCCCCCAGCACUCCCAGUCGUUUCCUGCCUCUUCCACUUACCCUUCCUCUGUCCAGGGGCCCACUCAGGGGGCCCACUCUUAUAAGAGUUGCACAGCACCAUCCACCCAGCCCCAUGACAGACCGCUCACCGCCAAUACCAGCCUGGCCCCAGGGCAGCGGGUCCCAAACCUUCACGCCUACCAGUCAGGCCGCCUUGGCUAUGAUCAGCAGCAGCAGCAACAGCAGCAGCAGCAGCAACAACAAACUCUUCAGAGCCGGCACCAUGCCCAGGAAACCCUCCAUUACCAAAACCUCACCAAAUACCAACACUAUGGACAGCAAAGCCAGGGCUACUGCCAGCCAGAUGCAGCUGUCAGGACGCCAGAGCAGUACUACCAGACUUUCAGUCCUAGCUCCAGCCACUCCCCUGCCCGCUCUGUGGGACGCUCACCGUCCUAUAGCUCCACUCCAUCGCCCUUGAUGCCCAACCUUGAGAGCUUCCCGUACAGCCAGCAGCCACUCAGCGCUGGUGCCUUCCCCACAGGGGUCACUGACCAUAGUCACUUCAUGCCCCUGCUCAACCCCUCCCCAACGGAUGCCGCCAGUUCUGUGGACACCCAGGCCAGCAACUGUAAGCCCAUGCAAAAGGACAAGAUCCCUGAAAACCUGCUGUCAGACCUCAGUCUACAGAGCCUCACGGCACUGACCUCACAGGUAGAAAACAUCUCCAACACAGUGCAGCAGCUUCUACUGUCCAAGGCUGCUGUGCCACAGAAGAAAGGGGUCAAGAACCUUGUGUCCAGGACUCCGGAGCAGCACAAGAGCCAGCACUGCAGCCCUGAGGGCAGUGGCUACUCAGCUGAGCCAUCGGGCACACCACUGUCUGAGCCACUGAGCAGCACCCCACAGUCCACUCAUGCUGAGCCCCAGGAGGCUGACUAUCUGAGUGGCUCCGAGGACCCACUGGAAAGAAACUUCCUAUACUGCAGCCAGCCCCGUGGAAGCCCUGCCAGGGUCAACAGUAAUUCAAAAGCCAAGCCUGAGUCGGUGUCCACUUGUUCUGUGACCUCACCUGAUGAUAUGUCCACCAAAUCUGAUGAUUCCUUCCAGAGCUUGCACAGCACUCUGCCACUGGACAGCUUCUCCAAGUUCGUGGCCAGUGAGCGGGACUGCCCUCGGCUGCUGCUCAGUGCCCUGGCACAGGAGGAUCUGGCCUCUGAGAUCUUGGGGCUGCAAGAAGCCAUCGGUGAGAAGGCUGACAAGGCCUGGGUCGAGGCUCCCAGCUUGGCCAAGGACGCCAGCAAGCCUCCCUUCUCAUUGGAGAACCACAGCGCCUGCCUGGACUCGGUAGCCAAGAAUGUAUGGCCACGGCCUGGGGAGCCAGAGACCCUGCCUGAUUCUUUGCAACUGGACAAGGGUAGCAGCACCAAGGACUUCAGCCCAGGGCUCUUUGAAGACCCUUCUGUAGCCUUUGCCAGCCCUGAUCCCAAGAAGACAACUGGCCCCCUCUCGUUUGGCACCAAGCCCACCCUUGGGGCUGCUACUCCAGACCCCACAACAGCUUUUGACUGUUUUCCAGACACAACUACUGCCAGCUCAGCAGACAGUGCCAACCCCUUUGCCUGGCCAGAGGAGAACCUGGGCGAUGCUUGUCCCCGAUGGGGACUGCACCCCGGUGAGCUUGCCAAAGGCCUAGAGCAGGGCGGAAAGGCUUCAGAUGGUGUGGGCAAAGGGGACAGCCAUGAGGCCUCAGCCUCCCUGGGCUUUCAGGAGGAGGAGCCCCCUGGGGAGAAGGCAGUUGCACUGCCCAGGGAUUUCAAGCAGGAGGAGGUGGGUGGGGUGAAGGAGGAGGUGGGCGGGAUGCUGCAGUGCCCCGAUGAUGUGGGUAAGGCUGACCGGUGGCUGGAGGACAGCCGGCACUGCUGUUCUGCUGCAGAUUUUGGGGACCUGCCGCUGCUGCCGCCUCCAGGCAGGAAGGAGGACCUGGAGGCUGAGGAGGAGUACUCUUCCCUGUGUGAGUUGCUGGGCAGCCCAGAGCAGAGGCCCGGCAUGCAGGACCCACUGUCACCAAAGGCCCCCCUCAUCUGCACCAAGGAGGAGGUAGAAGAAGUACUGGACUCCAAGGCCAGCUGGGCCUCUCCAUGCCACCUCUCUGGGGAGUCUGUCAUCUUGCUGGGCCCCACCGUGGGUGCUGAGUCAAAGGUGCAGAGCUGGUUUGAGUCCUCAUUGUCCCACAUGAAGCCAGGGGAAGAGGGUUCUGAGGGGGAGCGGGCACCAGGUGAUUCCACCACCUCAGAAGCCUCCCUGGCCCAGAAGCCGAACAAGCCAGCUGUGCCCGAAGCACCCAUUGCAAAGAAAGAGCCUGUGCCCCGGGGCAAAAGUUUACGGAGCCGUAGGGUGCACCGGGGGCUGCCGGAGGCUGAGGACUCCCCAUGCAGGGCACCAGUGCUGCCCAAAGACCUCUUGCUCCCUGAAUCCUGCACAGGGCCCCCCCAGGGACAGAUGGAAGGGGCUGGGGCCCCAGGCCGGGGCACCUCCGAAGGGCUUCCCAGGAUGUGUACACGCUCCCUCACGGCCCUGAGUGAACCCCGCACACCUGGACCUCCAGGCUUGACCACCACACCUGCACCCCCUGACAAGCUGGGGGGCAAGCAGCGAGCUGCUUUCAAGUCAGGCAAGAGGGUAGGGAAACCAUCACCCAAGGCCGCAUCCAGCCCCAGCAACCCUGCUGCCUUGCCUGUGGCAUCAGACAGCAGCCCGAUGGGCUCCAAAACCAAGGAGACAGACUCACCCAGCACUCCUAGCAAGGACCAGCGCUCUAUGAUCCUCCGGUCCCGCACAAAGCCCCAGGAGGUCUUCCAUGCCAAGCGGAGACGACCUUCAGAGAGUCGGCUCCCUAACUGCCGCACCAAAAAGCUCCUUGCCAACAACCACCUGCCCACCACAUUCAAAGUCUCUAGCAGCCCCCAGAAGGAGGGCAGGAUGAGCCAGCGGGCAAGGGUCCCCAAGCCCUGUACUGGGGGCAAGCUUUCUGAUCGACCCCUCCACACCCUCAAAAGGAAAUCUGCCUUCAUGGCCCCAGUCCCUACCAAGAAGCGGAACCUGGUUUUACGGAGCAGCACCACCACCACCACUACCACCACCACUGGCAGUGGGGGAGAUGGAAAGGAAGAGAGGUCUGAGGGCUCCCCUGCCCUCUUCAGGAAGGUGUCUUCCCCCAAAAAGACCAAGUCCAAGGGGAACGGGAACAGUGAGCCCACCAUGAAGCCCUCACCUCCAGAGAGUCCUGAAGCCUGCAUCAAGCUGACCUCUCGGGCAGCUUUCCAAGGGGCCAUGAAGACCAAGGUGCUGCCACCCCGGAAGGGCCGGGGCCUAAAGCUGGAGGCCAUUGUGCAGAAGAUCACCUCACCUGGUCUCAAGAAAUUCACAUGCAAAGUGCCAGGGGCCUCUCCAGGGACACCUCUGAGCCCAGCUCUCCCAGACAAGGAACGAAGUGGCCUAAAGAGUGCUGGGGGCAGCCCAGCAAGGGCAGAAGAAAGUCUGGUAAGCAUAGGCACUGGGCAGAAGCUUCCAGCAACUUUAGGAGCUGACCCAUUAUGCAGAAAUCCAGCCAACAGGUCCUUAAAAGGCAAACUUGUGAACAGUAAGAAACUGUCCUCUGUUGACUGUUUCAAAACUGAGGCCUUCACAUCCCCGGAGGCCCUGCAGCCUGGGGCAACUGCCCUGGCACCUAAGAAGAGGAGCCGGAAAGGCAGAGCUGGAGGCCUCGGACUUCCCAAAGGCCCCCUGGAGAAGCGGCCCUACCUUGGUCCAACUCUGCUCCUCAGUCCCCGAGACAGGGCCAGCAGCACGCAGGGGGGUGGCGAGGACAAUUCUGGUGGAGGCAAGAAGCCAAAGACGGAGGAGCUGGGCCUAGCCUCCCAGCCCUCCGAGGGCCGGUCCUGCCAGCCCCAGACAAGGGCACAGAAGCAGCCAGGCCAUGCCAACUACAGCAGCUAUUCCAAGCGGAAGCGCCUCACCCGAGGCCGGGCCAAAAACACCAAUACUUCACCCUGUAAGGGGCGUGCCAAGCGGAGGCGGCAGCAGCAGGUGCUCCCCCUGGAUCCUGCAGAGCCUGAAAUCCGCCUCAAGUACAUUUCUUCUUGCAAGCGACUGAGGGCAGACAGCCGGACCCCUGCCUUCUCACCCUUUGUGCGGGUGGAGAAGCGAGAUGCAUUCACCACUGUAUGCACUGUUGUCAACUCCCCAGGGGAUGAGCCCAAGCCCCACAGGAAGCCUUCGUCCUCCACCUCCUCUUCCUCACCCUCAUCUUCCUCCUUCUUGGAUGUGGCUGGAGCUUACCUGAUGGCGCACCCUGGAGGCUCCACCCUGCAGUCACGGCCCGCCCUGCCUCUCUCCUCUAUGAUGCACCUGGGGCCUGUGGUUUCCAAGGCCCUGAGUACCUCUUGCCUUGUUUGCUGCCUCUGCCAAAACCCCGCCAACUUUAAGGACCUUGGAGACCUCUGUGGACCCUACUACCCUGAACACUGCCUCCCCAAAAAGAAGCCAAAACUCAAGGAGAAGGUGCGCCCAGAAGGCACCUGUGAGGAGGCUCUGCUGCCCCUCGACAGAACACUCAAGGGGCUUGAGUGUGCAGCUGCCACUGCUGCCACUGUUGCCACUGCUGCUGGGAAACCCCCCAGGCUUGAUGGCCCAGCUGACCCGGCCAAGCAGGGCUCACUGCGUACCAGUGCCCGCGGCCUGUCCCGGCGGCUGCAGAGUUGCUACUGUUGUGAUGGCCGGGGUGAUGGGGGUGAGGAGAUGGCCCCAGUCGACAAGAGCCGCAAGCAUGAGUGCAUCAAGGAGGCCCCCGCAGAGCCUGUUGGGGACACCCAGGAGCACUGGGUGCACGAGGCCUGUGCUGUGUGGACCGGCGGGGUCUACCUGGUGGCCGGGAAGCUCUUUGGGCUGCAAGAGGCUAUGAAAGUGGCUGUGGACAUGACGUGUUCCAGCUGCCAGGAGGCCGGGGCCACCAUCGGGUGCUCCUACAAAGGAUGCAUCCACACCUACCACUACCCGUGUGCCAGUGAUGCAGGUUGCAUAUUCAUCGAAGAGAACUUUUCUUUGAAAUGUCCCAAACAUAAGAGGCUGCCGUUGUAAUCCACCGCAUCAGCCGGAGGAGCUGCUGAAGUCGGCCUGCCGCCAAAGGAAAGGAGCCGCCUGCGCGGCCCAAGGCCUUGGAGUUACUCCCAGCGUCCAUCCAGAGCUGAUCCUUGUUCCGGGUGCCGGAUCUUGGAUCCGGCCACCAAGGGCCCUGCGGGCGGCCCCGGGUUGGGGAGAAAACCUGUUCCGGAGUCCCCUGCUCCCGGAACUGGACGGCACAGGGCUUUCUUGCCCACACCCGCGAGGCCAGGCUUGCAGACAGGAGGCACAGAGAGGCCAGAUUCCUUCUGGGCGCCCAGUCUCCGGCAGGAGUGGGAGAGGCUUUGGCCUGGGGACGCUUUUUCACCCCAGAGGUCCUAAGAUGACGUGGCACACAUUCCUCAUGGGUGCUGCCGCCACCCCAGUAGGUUGUGGCAGGUAGCUGGGGGGCAAGGGUGGGGGUCCAGAUGACCCUGGAAGAGGCCAACGGGGGCUCCUGGCUCCGUGGACGAGGCAGCAGGACUGAGGCCUUUUAGAAGGCCAAGUCAGCGAGGGGAAGGGGCCAGAGGCUUUGGAGAGCACUUCCCACCCUGCCUUUGCCAAAGCUGUUGUGUGGCUUGAGCAAAGGGAGUAGUGGUGGGCCCAUGCCCAGAGGACGUGGGCUCCUGGGUGCGGGCAGAUUGGGGUACCCUUUGGCUUCUGUUGGUAACCUUCCCAGUUCUUCACCCCACCCCUGGAGCACAGCAGAAAAGACGCAGUGAACCCACCUCCGGCGGGAUGCACGGUCGUCUCCUUGCACCACCGCCACUGGCCAGCGCCACUUGGCACGGGAGCAGGGACAACGCUAGAUUCGUGUACAAAACCUGUGUACCCCUCUAUAUAUAUGUUACAUAGAAUGUAUAUAUGUUGGGAACAUGCUCGCUUCUCCCGUGUGUCGCCUCCUGUGCGUUGUGCGCCCCGCAACACAGCCCCACCCGGGCCCUUGCCGGGCAGGGAGCUACAGCGACGCCCUUCCCUGUGCAGCCACCACCGGCUCGGGCCAGUCCCGCCAGUCUGUCCGUGUGCUCAGCUCUGUCCACGCUUCGAUAGGCCUGAGGCAGCCCCGUGCCUGGGGCUGCCCUAGCAACUUCCUGUACAUAUGACUGUAAAAUGGUAAACGUGUGUAUUAUACCUGGCCUCGUUAUAUAGUGUAUAUAUAUGUAUACAUAUACAUAUAUAUAAUAUAUAUGAAGACUGUAAAUGUUAAGACGACUAGUGUUCUUAUUAGUAUAUUGCUUCACACUGAAGAUUGUGUGUAUCGAGCUGUUUCUAAAAGAUGUUUAUUUUCCUUAAGAGUAAAAAAGUCAUUGCAUUCAGAAAAAAAAAAGUCAAUAAAGAACCGACGAUUGUU